AUGAGCAACUUUACGACAGAAGCAUUUACGUUGCUCGGUAUUGGCCUCGCAAUCAUUGGUUUGCGAUGGUACGUCCGUAUCUCAGCGGUGGGCAUUCGCGGAUUACAACCCGACGAUUAUCUGAUGGUCUUGGUAGUGGUCUCAUAUACUUUAGAGACCAUUCUUAGAUAUAAUGUCGGAGCGCGCUGGCAUGGUUUGGCAAACAAUGGUAUGACGAAUGAGCAAAGAGCAGCACUCGAUCCCGCGAGCGACGAAUACACAUGGAGAGUCAACGGAUCUAAGACUCAGCUUAUGGGAUGGGCUGCAUAUUCGUUCCUCCUGUGGUGUCUCAAGGCCGCCAUGUGCACGUUUUACCUGCGACUCACAGAUGGAUUGAAAAAGUCCAGGGUUCCUAUCUACGUGGGAUUUGUCCUCCUCAUCAUUACUUGGAUUACCAUCAUUUGCUGCGUCAUGUUGACUUGUCGACCAUUCCAUAAGAACUGGCAGAUUGAUCCUGAUCCGGGCAACUUUUGCCAGCCGGCGGUCUCCAGGGUCAACCUCUUCACCAUGGUCGUUUUUAAUAGUAUCACUGACCUGUAUCUGCUUUCGAUCCCGAUACCGAUGCUCUUGAUGGCUCAGAUUCGUCUCCACAAGAAGUUGGGACUAGUCCUGCUUUUUUCAGGUGGCAUUUUUACCACCACGGCUGGUAUCUUGCGAUGUGCUCUGAUCUUGACGAAUCCCAUUAAAGGCGCCCAAGAGUCAGGAAACUGGGCAUGUCGAGAAUCGUUCGUCGCCAUCGUCACCACUAACGUCCCAAUGAUAUUUCCACUUAUCCGACGG